AUGCGACCUACUUCCCUACUCCGUUCCCUCUUCCGUGAAGGAGAUGUGGCUAUCUGCCGUCCGCUCCGUAACCUCGAUCACGCUUUUCUUGUGCCUUUGAAAGAAGACAAAUCCGUCACCACCCACAAUGGCUCUUUGAGCCACAACGACAUCAUUGGGAAACCAAAACGCAUCUACCUUCCUUUUACGAAAAGCCGAUCGCUGAAAAACCCAGCUGCCGACAAAUUUGUCGUCACAGAACCAACUCUCGACGAGUAUGUCUCGUUAUGUCGCCGCAGAGCCCAGCCUAUUUAUGCUAUGGAUGCUGCUGUGGUAGCUCAGAUGGGGGAUAUAGAUCCGUUUGGCGAUGAGCAGAGACACUUCCUUGAGGCAGGAACAGGCAAUGGAUCUUUGACUUUGGCGAUUUGCCACCACCUACAUGCUGCCAAUGCCCUAGCACGUCAUUUUAAAGAUCCUUCGCUCAGAGGAGCCAUUCUUCACUCAGUGGACAGAAACAGAACACACCAGGAAAUGGGACAGCACAACGUGGAAAUGUACAAGAGGGGAAGGUUUUCUGGAGAUGUUGAAUUCUCCAUUGCCGAGUCUCCGCUGGCAUAUUUGGAAAAGUCUGGAAUCACCCUCCAUGGUGCUUUCCUAGAUCUACCGGAUCCACAGCUAUACCUUGGUGAUUUGGCCAAAGCGCUUGCACUCGAAGGCACAAUUGUGGUUUUUUGCCCCUCCAUCACACAGCUUCUAAAAUGCAAACAAACCUUGGCAGAGGAGAGAAUCGACCUCAUGAUGGUCCGUGCAGUUGAACUUCCACCUGGUAACGGCGGUGCUACGCGAGAAUGGGACCUACAGGCGAAAGAGUGGAUAUUUGCCGCCCGAAGGUAG